AUGUCUCAUUUCAGCACCUAUAGAGAACCCGUUUCGGAAGUUCACGGACAAUCAGUGGUGAACGUGCAGCUUUCAGUGAAAAAAUACGUCGAACGAGGCAGCGAAGUGGCACUUUACUGCGAGAAUGACGCCGCUCCAGAUAUCCUCUACAAGGUAACGUUCCUGAAAAGUGGCAAUAAAAUAUUCGAGUACAUCAAGGGCCGGAAUCCACCGUACCGGAACUUUUCGAUCGCGGGCGCCGAGAUAGAUUGGAAGAAGGUAAAUCCUUCGACGUUAACGCUGAAAAACGUCGACUACGAAGCGUCCGGUUCCUACUACUGCGAGGUGUCCACCGACACCCCAAUCUUCACAAAGGCGUCCAAUGACGAACCGAUGCACGUCAUGCUGCCUCAAAAAGGACCGCCAUCGAUCGAGUUCGCCAAAAAGCAGCUCUACUACGGCGACAUGCUAGUGGCCAACUGUACCACCUCGCGAGCCAAACCCGCCCCGCACAUAACGUGGCUAAUUAAUGGAAAACAGGUGGAAGACAAAUACGUCCGGCAGCUCCAUCACACGCCGAAGGGUGGCCACCGUUCGAAGCAGCAGCAACUGCAACAGUUGCCGGGUGGUGGUGGAUCGCCGCCUGACAAACAGCAACUGACGAUGCCGUCGCUUGUCACGUCGCAGAGUGCCCUGUACCACGGCAAGGUGAUUGUCGGAACGUCCGGCAUCGGUGUGUCCUCGGCCGGAGGUGCCGGCACGACGUCGCACACCCUGAAGGAGCUGAAGGCGGUGGCGAAGGAGGUCGACGAGCAGCGGAAGGCAUCGUUGGUGAAUGGUUUUAAUGGCUACUCGACGUACAAAGACAACGGAGGUCUGGGCAGCUUCCAGAUUCAGCCCAACACCGGAUACAACAGUCUGGAUGGGUACUACACUGGGAUCAGGAUGCACCACCGGGAGCGGGAGCGAAGUGGGGGCAUCGGGGUGUUCAACAUCGAAGGACACCGGAUGGGCGACGAGGCGAACGAGGACGAGGAGAGUGAUAAAAAGACUUCCUGGCAUAAGGGCGACUAUCAUACUAAUUUGUACUACGACAAUAAACAGCAACAGCAACAGCAGCAGCAGCACUACGAUAGCGGAUAUAGGAAACAUCGCAACACGUACGAGCACAAAAUCCGACGGCACGUGAACGACGCCACCGGCGAGUACAGGAAGCAGCACCGGGUGGCGGCCAGCUACAGCCAGCUGGCGAUCCGCAUCACCGAGGCCCUCACCAACAACGUCGGCCGGAUAGAGAUCACCUGCCUGGCGACGAUUCCGGCCCGGGUCGAACCCGGCGAGCAGUACGCCGACUACAAGACGUCACUCAUCAAGCUCGACAUCGAGCAGAACGACCUGACGUCGCCGGAACCAUCGACCGGCUCGCUAGCGCACGCCAAAUCCGACGCCGUGCAGACGUCCAACUUCCAGACCAGUUCCGGACUCUGCCGGAACCUGUUGGCCCUGCAGUGUGGCUUCGUUGCCCUGCUGCUGCUGUACCACCGGCGAUCUGCGGCAGCGUGGUUCCUUCCCUCAUCGCUCGCGUAGAUCGACAACCAGUCCACACGUGAUCAUCACCAUUACCUUCAACAACUUGUUCAGUGACAAAGAGAGAAUCCCAUCCGAAAUGCCCUGAGUGCAGCUAUGAGAGACGAGAGGAGAAGAGACGACGACGAACAGGUGAUUCCACCGUGGGACACGGAUAGUCAGUCAGCCAAAGCCAACAACCGGAGCGGGGUCCAGACCGAGGAGAUCAACCGGCAGCAUCUCCUCGGAACCCCGCCAUCAGAGAAAGAGAGAGUAAGAGAGCACACCUUCGCAUCUACACAUUUGUACAGAGCCAAAUUCGUUACGUGUGAGAGAAUGUAAGUAAUUUUAAGUGACACAAACCUAGGUAUGUGUGAGACAAAAAAAGAAGAAAAUCUUGGACUCGGCCUACCUAAAGGUCGUAAUCAAUCGACCACACAGGUUAAGCUGCUGCAAACUCAAAACGGCGAUUUUUUCUUACCUCAAGACUAAUUUUUCACUUCUUCGAAAACAAAUGAAAAAAGGAAACAAACAAACGAAUAUCUUUAUGUCAUUGUGCUAUGUGAACCGUCGUUGACACACACACACCCCUCCUUGUGAAACUGUGGCACGCUGCACUCACACUGAUAAAUUCUACAAAAAAUGCAAACAAUCAAGUCAUAACGAAGGAUUGUGAAACGGUACUACUAACGAGCAAACUAAACGAAACAUAGCAUCUGUCAAAAUAGAAACACGGAAAACACAAUUUACCCAAGCAGAAAAUCAGAGAACAGUGUUUACAUUCUCAGUCCGUAACCGUAGUAACAGUGUAGUAGGUUGGCGGACGUCUAAGUAAGUCGGUGAAAACAAAUAUGGCGCAUGAAACUUCGUGUGUACGUGUGUGUCAAUGUCAAAGCCAAAAAAACGAACCUUGCGAUGGAUGUAGGACAGGUUUGCGUUCUGGUGUUUUUCGGAAGAAGUCCGUAUUUUGUUUUUUUUUAAAGGAUUAUUUUGAUCAAAUGUUUACAAAAUGUCAAAAUGUUCAGAGAAAUGCUGAAAAACUAGGGGACAACUAACUGUUUCUUCAUUAUAGAUCGUGAAAAACAUGUACAGUGGUUGAAAUGAAAAAUAUUACGCUUACGAUGGAUGGGAAAGGAUGUAUUGGAAUGCAUUGUUUGUUGGAUUUAGGACAAGUUGACUCGUUAGAUUAAGUGUUCGAGAAAUAACUAACUGAUGUUUUCAUUCUGUCCUUGAAGUUGUCUUUAUUGAUCGUUAAAAUGUCAAAGUAGGCAUUGUCAAUUUUCCUUGUAUAAGCUUCUGGCUAGCCAUGCCUACUGUGACUGUAUGAAGCUAUGGUCUCGUUUACCUUUCGGAUGGAAUGUGAUAUUUCACACGCCUGCGCUCGUCCAUUUAGGCCGGGGAAAUUCCCGGAAUGAAGGCACUUUGCAAAAAUUACCGUUUUAUGUUUGUCUGAAUUUACGUCGAAUCAAGCGGCGACGGCAGAGUGGAAUUUAAUUUUAGCGAACGUGAUGAACCAGAAGAAGCUUUUAUCUGUUUGUGCUUUUUUUUACGUUUGGGUCUCGGCCGGAACGUGUGAGAGCGUCCAUGUAAGAUAGAUUGUUAGGCCAAAUAGAAUUUAAUGGGCUAAGCGUGCUUCCUGAGAAGUCAUGGAAGGCGGCUCCGGGUGUGACUAGACUCCAAAAAUGUUUCGCAGCAAUUUGGAAGGAGCAACUUAACUACUACGGAGAGAUGCUAAGCACAUGACAUACCGCUAGAGGGGAAGAUUUCUUUUCUAACCUAGUCAAUUACAGUCACUCCUAAUCGCUACCAGAACAGUAAAUAAAUCAAGCGCAACUUUACGGAACAAACGAAAAUCAUUCUAGUACCGCCGACAGAUAAAUUAAAGCAAACAAAACAGGAAAGUUUUCAGUGUUUCACGAUUACAGAAAAAUAAAUCAAGAGAUGUGCAAAAACAUAACAUAAUAAAACAGUACAGUUAGUCUUAUGACGUUGGAAAAGUAAUAGAAGAAACAAGCGCAGACAACAACAGAGACAAACAAAAACUAAACAAAUCAGAAACCUAGAAAACUUGAUAUGAUAAAAUAAAAAAAAGCUUUAAAUGUCGUUCAACAAAUCAUAAACUACCAAUACUGCAAGCAGCGCAACAAAUAACAAAGUUUUAUCGCGACGAACGCAAAAUUUGACACAAAACCAUCAAAAGCGAAGCAGAAUCCCAGCAAGCCAUGGCUGUUUUAGACCAGUACUCUGUUCUUCUGUAAAUACAAACAAACACAAAGGAACAUUCUCCAGUAAACUCUUCUCUCACUUACACAGUCACGCACACCGUACCGAAACAGAAUGCGAAACGAAGGAGAAGAGUACGGUGCGCCAAACGCUACAGAUCGUGCGAAUCUCAAUGUUUCAUAUCUAUACGUGAAUGAUAUAUUUGAAACGAACAAAAAAAACAAACAAAAAAACUACUGAUGAGAACAAAAAAAAUGAACUCUAGAUAUUAGAUAAACGAAUGAACGAGAAAAAGUUAGGUUAUAUUGAAAUCAAAGUCAAACAAAAUACACAAACACUAACUCACGUGGCGAGCAUUGGUGACGGUUUCCAGCGUUGCCAGUUUUAUCGGGGGAAAAAUUGCAUGCAUGUGACCGAAUGAAGCGUCAAAACCUUUGGUUUCACUCUAUAUUGUUCCGGUUGCGUAGCAACGCAACCACACAACAAACAACAACUCAAUGCACAACAAAACUGCACUCAGCACUGAACGUAAACCGAAUCUUCCAAAGCAAACGAAUGUACACUACUGUUUUUUGAAAACAAGCGAGACAGAAAAUCAUAAAUCAUUGUUGAAUUUAGUGUAUAGCACAAAGAUAAACAAAAAAACGCGAUAAUUACUGCACCACGUUGCACACACAUAUCAUUUAGUAAGCAAUACAUGGGCUACAUGUUAGGUGGAUAAUAUAAUUGGCUGCGAAAGGGAUCUCACACGUACACAUUGGAUUGGGUGUCAGUCUGAGUGGGAUGAUGAUGAAUCGAGUGAAAACUGUGAGUGUCUGAGACCAAUAGAAACAGUGGAGAUCCAGUGAAUGUUUUCUGUUUGGUGUUAACAUAGGGUUAAUCAAUGUGUGUAGAAUGGAUGUUCAUUUUUCGGCAG